AUGUCUUCAGAGCUCGCUGCGCUGGUGAUGGCGCACGUUGCGAACCCGGAGCCCGAUCUCUCAGCCCUCACAAGCUCCCCGCCUCAGAAACGAAAGCGCCCUGGUGAGACCUCACCAGACGUGCGCCGUUCCAAGCGAAACAACAUGGCCAGUCCUGACCCAACGGACGCAUACGUCAAUAACGCAAUGGACACCGCCCAAGCCGCCGCCGCCGGCGUCAAUGUCUCCGACUUCAACGCCCUCCAGCAGGCCGCGGCUGGUAGUGACCACACCGAUGCGGCUGAUCCGGCCAACGCGUCCAGCACCGCGGCUGCCGCCCUAGUCUAUCCUACCAUCCAUGCCCCCCAACCAUCCGAAGAGAACUUUGCUGCACAGGUCACUGGUGACCAUGAGGAUCAGCAUAACAUGGACCUCGUCCCAUACACGCAUGAUGUGUCUCAAGCAGAUGGCCUGCCCAUGGACCAUCAGGCACUAGCCAACGUUGCAACCACCCACCAGCCGCCAGAUCCCGGCAUGCGCCAGAUGGACGACAUACCAGGAGCCCGUUACUCCACAACGCCGAACCCAAAACCGGCUGUUGGUUCCGAGGAGUGGCACAAGAUGCGUAAGGACAACCACAAAGAAGUGGAGCGCCGUCGGCGGGAGACUAUUAACGAGGGCAUAAAUGAGCUUGCAAAGAUAGUGCCCGGUUGUGAGAAGAACAAGGGCUCGAUACUACAGAACGCUGUGCGCUACAUCACCAAGCUCAAGGAGGAUGAGCAGCAGGCGGUUGAGAAGUGGACGCUGGAGAAGCUUCUCACAGAGCAAGCCAUCGCCGAGCUCAGCUCCUCGAACGACAAGCUGAAGAACGAGUGUGACCGUCUCUUCCAGGAGCUGGAGACGUGGAAGCGGGUUGCGCAGAGUGCGGGCCUGUCUCCAGAAGGCAACCAGAACGGGGACGGCGCUGAUCAGAGCAACGACCCGAAGCCAUAG